AGGUUAAGAAGACAAUUAAUUCAACUGGUCCUGGUUGGCGACAAUGGAUUUAACUGGUCUGGGAUGAGCUAUAAAAUACAGGCAUGUACCCCCAUCCUCACACAUCACCUUGCAGUACGCUAGAAGACAGUAGCACAGCAGCGAGCCCAGCUCCAAGUUUCCUUUAUUAUUUCACCACUCAAGAAUGGCCAGAAGUGUAGAACUCCAGAACGCCUUGUUGCCUGUGACCCAGCCUCUCUCCAUUGAUUGCGACGGCGAGGAUGUCUUCACAAUGCUAGGCUUGUUCUCUUGGGAAAUGGACGGCGUUGAAAGCUGCCUGCUCUCCCCUACUGACCUAAUCAGCGGCACACCAGCUCCCAGCCCCGUUACCGGGCCCCAAGACCUGUGGGGUGGCGAAGGGCAUGUUUCGUCCGAGGACUUCGACCUCAUGUUAAUGCAACACUGUUUCCCAGCGCUUGAGCCCUGGGUGGACCGUAACAACAAUGACAUCAACGCUGGUGAGGGUUCCAUCGCCUCUCCGUCAACACAAGGGUCAUCUGGAGACCGAGAAGAGAUGCCGCUGGACACCAAGAGAGACAAACAGAGCUGUAUGCCUACAGUGAACAGCAGGAAAAGAGCCAAGGUCACCUCCGUGUGUGGUGGAACCAAGCGUAGGAGAACUGAUCCAACGAAAAAGAUAGAUAGGAGAGUCAGCGUUUCAGCCCUUCGUAACCAGCUGCUCUUCGGCUUGGAACUGACGUCAGGAUGUCACGUGAUGCAGAUGGAACCGUUUCUCCGGAUUUAAUCAUUUUUAAUACCAGAGACAUUAAACUUUUUAUAACUGUAAAUAGUGUAUAUAACCUGGUUCACCACCAGAUGUACAUAGCAUGUCGUAGCAGAUAAUCCGGUUAUAAGAAAGAUACAAAAUGCCAUAUUUUCUGUCGUUGAUGAUAGCUGAUAAUUGAUUUAUGCAGUGUCUUUGCGAAGCUUCUCUUAAAGUAAGUUGGCAAUAACGAUGGCAAUAAAGUAAAGUUUGUUCUUAUGAACGUUUUACAUUUUAAGACUCCACUCCAUGUUGCCAAAAAUUAAGUUCUUUUAAGUGUUUGUAAUUGUUAGUCUGUAAAAAAACUUCCAUUGUCAUUUGUGUACAUAUUUUUCAAGUUUCACUCACAGCAAUAAAUUUCAUC